AUGAGUUGGAUUCCAGACGAAUACAAAUCGUUGAAACAACAUCAACAACAAGAACAAUAUACCACACUGAAAGACGAGGAUAUUCGAGAACAUUCCACCAGUGCCGAGCAACGAGGAGAACAAAAAGUUGAGUCUUCUCCAAGCAGCAAUAGGAAGGACUUUGAAUCGACCAUUGAAAGCACAAACAAACCAAAAAUUGGAGAUCCAAACUAUCCUUUUGCCAAAUAA